AUGAUUCGUGACCAACCUUUUAUCAUUCCUUUAGUCUCAGAUGAAAUUUUUGAUGGAUUUAUUUGUUAUGCGAAAGAAGACAGAUGCUUCGCACUUGAGAUACUCAGGCGGUUGGAAGCUCCUCCAUAUUGUCGUAAAAUUUGUAUCGACUUUCGUGACUACGUACCAGGAAAUUGUCGAUUGGAUCAAACAGCUAAGAUCAUAGAACAUCGAUGUAAACAUUUAGUUGCUAUUUUGUCAUCAAAUUUUACAAAUUCUUCAAAUGCUGGUUUCCAAGUCAGGAUCGCGUUGAAUUUAUCCCCAGGUGAGUCAAACGCACAGCGUCAAUAAACCACUGGGAAAGAUGUUUAUAAUCUUUUUAGAUCUGACCCUGUAAUAGUAGUGGACACUUCGCGAAAUUGUUUUUGAGAUGAACUCUUUUUCAUGAACUCUCGACUGCACUGAAUUAAUAGUAUUAAUGUCCAAAGUUCCUUUUGUCUGAACUUUUUCAAUACCCAUGCAAUAAAAUGUAUCAACGCCUUUUUCAUGUACUGCGUGUAGAAAAGGUCUGUUGGUAUCAAACAGCCUUUGUACAAAAACGUAAAAAGACUUAUAUUUAAGUUGCCUUAUUGAUAGAUUGGAUUCGGGUAGAUUUAUAGGUUUACGUAGUGCUGGUGGCACAUUGGUUGUUAGUGCAUACUGCAUGUAUCAGGGGGUCCAAUUCCUACACUGUUGUCUGAUUAUAAUGAUGCGUCAUGAGGCAUGGCAAUUACGUCACCAAACGAGGAGUUGAUCUUGCUCGGCGUUUGACUGCCACCUCUCUUCAACUUUGAGCUGGUUAAAAUUUUCAUGAGAGUUGAUGAGAGUUUUUGCUACGCAAUCUGUAAUAUCCAAUCAACUCGAUCUCGUGCAGCUCUUAUUGUCGUUGAGAUAAGAGAAAACUCUCAUGCCAACAAAACUUUCAUCCUCAAUUGACUGGAUUGAAUAUGUAAUUUUAGUAAAUUUUUAAUAUUAGUUUUAGACUUAUAUACAUAUAAAUAAUUAGUGUUGAUGAGUGGAAUGGUAAAUUCUAUCUUUCACCGAAUGGAAAUAUUUUUGCUAUUGCACAAAUGACAAUGUUUAAAAUUAAUAGAAAUCCAACAAAUAUGUCCCAAAAAGUAUUUCAGACAACCAGAUCGCUACCAGACAUGCGCCAGAAUUCUGCCAGCUUGAGUAGACCGCUGACUUAAUAUAUUCAUGUUGGUUUCUCUUAUAGUCGUGCUAGGCAAGACUGCUGUAAAUAGUACAAAAAUGCACGGCUGAGAAAGGCUGAGAGUAAAUGGUUAUUUUUAUCCCAUGUCACGUGAUCAUAAUCAGCUGAUUAAAUGACCAGAAUUUAAAUUGGGUGUUAUAUACUAGGGAGAUGCUAAGCAUCAUGGGGCGAGCCUGAGCCAGAGCAAUGAUAGCCAGCAACUAUCAUGCAACAAUGAUUACCAAUGUCAACCUUUCUUGUUUCCGCACUUUAAUUAAUUAAGCUAUCAUUUGGCAUUGCAAUGUAGUAGAAAUUUCAAAGGCAAAACUCGUAGUAUUAUAAAUGUUGGGAAUUGUAUUUCUAUCCGUGUAUUAUAUUUGAUAUUUUGUUCAAAGGCAAAACUCGUAGUAUUAAUGUUGGGAAUUGUAUUUCUAUCCAUGUAUAAGGCCUGUUCUAAACGUCGCAUUUUACAUGUGCCGAAUGCAUUCAAAACAAUAGAUAAUCAGCUGAAAUGCCUCAUUAUCCAUCGUUUUGAAUACAAGACACGAGCUCGUGAUUUUGAUCCGCCAUGUUGUUUUUAAUUCUGCAAGUUGCGCGCAUGCGCAAAUUUUCCUAUUCAGGCGCGCUUGUCGUUUGCUCGCCGCACACGAGAAUUUUUGUCACGAAUGACGAAAAAUAUCAAACAUGUUUGAUAUUUGGUUUACAUGUCACGAAUGACGAAAAUGCCGUAAAUGUUGUCCGCACACGAGGAAAUUUUGUCGAUCCAACUUGUCACGAAUAACAAGUACGCGCGACAAGUGCGCUCGUGUGCGGCGGGCUUUAGAGAAGAAUAACAGAAUAUUCAGCCCAAAUCAAAUCGAAAUCGGGCUUUGCAUCAGAAUUUGAUCCGCAACUCACUCAGAAAUCGAGCAAAGUAAAAUUGCGAUGGGCUUAAUAAUACUGCAUGUAAACAAAACAUUUAAUGCAUGCAUACAGAUAGCCGGAUUGCAAAAACUUGCAAAUAAGGUCUUUUUUUCAUAGUCUUAGAGAAGAAUAACAGAAUUACAGAAUAUUCAGCCCAAAUGACAAAUCAAAUCGGCCUUUGUAUCAGAAUUUGAACCACAACUCACUCGAGUAAAGUAAAAUUGCGAUGGGCUUAAUAAUACUGACCACUGUAAAUAAUACUGACCAUUCCAAUUUCCAUUUGUUAUUUGGCAUGAAGAAUAUAUUUCAUCGCAUGUCGCAUGAAAAAUUGUCAGCCGGUGAGAGGCGAAAGGCCCGUAAAAUUUACUGAAAGUUCUCAAAAUAGCCGGUGCGAGGCGAAAAGCCGGUAGGAUUUAAAUCACUGUAGAAAAAGUUCCGUGUACGUACGUACAACCGAACGAACGCACCAUAAUGCAUUGCGCUUGAGCUCGAUGAGCCACCAAACUGUGGGGCUCGCUCAGGCUCGCCCCAAUUAUUCACUAUUUACUAUCUGUGAUUAUUGCAUUACGUUGGGUUGCAUUGUAUGCAUCAUUUUUCUUUUUAGAUUUUGUUCAACGUCGAGUGAUUCCAAUUCUGUACGAAGGUUGUGACAUUCCAGAAAUUUUAAGACCAAUUUAUCGUCUAAAUUAUGAAGAUUCCAAUGAACUUCCUUAUUUCUGGAAAAAGCUUGCUAUAGCUCUUGGAUAUAACGAACCAGAUAGACUUAGAGGAAGUCCGGGCUGACGCCACUACUGACGCCUUGCUCACGCGAGGCUUCACUUUUUAGUGUCAAGUUUCUUCGAAACUUGACAAGUAUUGUGAUGAGUGGGGGAAAAUUCAUAUGAGUCAGGGAUCAGGCAUAAUAGUGUAAACUUUCCGGGGGGUG